UGAUCUCUCUGGCCAGACCAAGACGCAGCCAGCACCCUCAUCCGCAACCGCGUCUACAUCAUCGCAUCGCAUCCCAACGAACAGAGCCCCCGACGCAACCACCCGCAGCCAGGAGCAACAGGGACACAGGAUGGGGAAGGAGAAAAAGUCCAAGAAGCACCACCGCGACAGCGACGGCGACGACGACAGCCAGGAUGUCCAGCUCAAGUUUGGAGCCCAAAAGAUCUCCAAGGAUGACUUCUUCAAGAAAUCGCUCGAGUUUCGUCUGUGGCUCAAGGAAGCCAAGAAAAAGUUUCUGAAUGAUCUUUCGAGUGACGAUGCCCGCUACUACUUUGACAAGUUCGUCAAGCGAUGGAACCGUGGCGAGUUGAUCGAUAAAUACUAUCAAGGCAUCUCGGCUGCCGAUGUAGAAUACUCGGAAAUCACAAACUACAAGUGGAAGUUCAAAAACAUUAACGAGGAUGAGCAAACCCUGGUCCGCGAUUCGGUCGGGGCCCUGACCCAUUCAAAGACCGAGCUGGUUGAAGCAUACAAGCGCAAGCGCGAUGCACCCGAGGAGCCAAGUGGCGACGAUCGAUCCAGCAAGCGAUGGGGCUCAAAGGACACCUCCACCCGCACCGGAGCAAACGACAUUCCAGUGGGCCAGCCUCGAGUCAGGCGCGGCCGCGAUGCCGACGACGAAGAAAUGGAUCAAGAAGAUCGGGACCGGUACUCGCGGGCGCUGGCCCGUAAGGAACGCUCGAGCGACCGAAAAUACCAUGAGAUGGUUAUGGAGGAGCUCGCGCCAAAGGCCACGGGCAGGGAGGCGAUGCUGGAGAAGCGAAAGGCCGCCAAUGCUUACCACAAACGAGAGCGAGAUGUCGAUGGCGAAUACAACGAUGCCGAUCUCAUGGGCGGCGACAGUUUUGCACAAAAGCUGGCCGCGAUGGAGCAUUCCAAGAAUCGUCGCCAGGGGCAAAUACAGGCCCAGAAGGACGAGAAGCAGCAUUUUAUGGACGACAAGGUUCGCGCAUACAAGGCGAAGGAAGAUGCCACAAUUGCCAUGUUCCGCGAGAUGGCCCAGCACCACAAACUGGGGUCCAACUAGCAAAGCAGAAGUGAAGUUCGCAGAACGACCGGGUUCUUGGACUCGGGGCGGCGAUCGCCCGUCAGCAUCUGCCUCGACUGUGCGGUGCCAUUCCGUUGAAGGUCGGAUUCCUGAGUAGCACAC